UCGAUAUGUCGCGGUACUCGUGUUGCCCUUGACUUCGUCCAAUUUAAUUGUGUUUUUAAAGAAUUCAUUCAAUGUAUUAAUAAAUAAUUGCAUUAAUAUCAUUAACAUUUGUCUAAAUUGUGUUUUAAAAGGUGUUGUGUGUUUAGUUUUCACUGGCGCUGUCUAAAUUUUGCAUAGCGUCACCUGACCGAACUCAUUGUCAUUUCCCGCCAUUGUGAUUAUCGAAGGAACUAAAUUGAGGUUUUUCGGCAUUAAUUCAGAUAUUUAGAUGAAAAAUCGCUAAAUUGUGUUAUCGCGGCUGAGUAAUGUCAUUACACGGUAAUGACGUUUGUUUGCUAGAAAUAGAAGACUACAACUUAUACGAAGAAGAAGCAUCGGAUCACGCUUUUGCCAGGAGUGAGAAGCAUUCAACAUCAGGAAGUAAGACAAUGGAAGCUGAGAAGAGGAUCCGCAGGGAGAUUGCCAACAGCAAUGAGAGAAGGCGCAUGCAGAGCAUCAACGCUGGCUUCCAGGCUCUACGAACACUUUUACCACGUCAUGAGGGGGAAAAGCUGAGCAAGGCAGCGAUAUUGCAGCAAACGGCCGAGUAUAUCUACUCCUUGGAGCAAGAAAAAACGAGAUUAUUGUCACAAAAUUGUCAAUUAAAGAGAUUGCUGAACCAGCAUGAGGGAGGAGAGAUACCACUGAAGAAAAGAAAAAGUGAAAUUAUUUCUCAUGUGUCAUCUAUUAUUCCUGACUCUACUGAUGAUACAAUCUCCAAGUCAAGAUCACCUGAACCAGUUGCUUAUAUCUCAGUAUCAAAUGGUCCUCAAAAGAAGGAUAUCGAAAGUUCUGAACUGAAAACUCAAUUAGAGCAGGAAAGACGUCUACGAAGAUUGCUUGAGGAGCGGUUGCACUCAUUGGAGACACAGAUUUACCCAGAGACGGGGAGGGACUUAACACACCCAGUUCACUAUGAACAGACAGAUGUUUCUUUAUGCAAACUCGAAGGUGAUGAGAUCGAAGCGCCGGUUGUCGAGGCUCCUGUCGCACCCUUACUGGAAGCAGCUAUUAAAGCAGAACCGAGAGUGGAAGUGGAAGUGUUGCCCGAUGCCACACAUGAUGCAUCCUCGCGCUUGUACCUAGCUAGUACAAGUCGUCAGAAUUUGGAGACAAUCGUAGAGGCUAUUCGUCACUUGGAAGGGGAUCAUUUGUUCCGGGAGGAGGCGGGAGAUGCUCCAUUAGCGCUGACUAAGAAAGUGGAGCGAGCGCCGCCGCCCCCGCGGCCGGGCGUUAUCGUCGUCAAUGUAGUGUUUGUGUUACAAGUCCCAGUGCUUUCUUUAUUCUAUAAUGAUAGUGAUUUAACAAGUGGUUUUCACAUCGCCCUCAAUAUUUGGGUCAGAAGUUCUAGAGCAUUCCAUAUGUUCGAAUCUCUUCGAGCAUAG